AUGACUGAAGGUCGUUCUGACGAGAAUCACGGACUACCUGAGACUAGUCAUCAGGACCUCCAAAAUCAAAACAAAACUCCCACUGAACUCAGAGAAAAAAUUGGUGAAGUGGAUAGGGCACAAAAAUUCAACGCUCCUUUGGUCGCUUGUAUGAAUGCGUCGAAGACACACUUAGAUCCAAUGACUGAUCAACCACCUGUUGUCGAGUUGUCACAAACAUCAGAUAACCUGACUGACCACAUUGACACAGAGCAUCUAAACAACCAACUCCACACCUCUUCUAACAACACAAAUCCCACUGAUCUCAACGACGAAAUCAAUGAAGUGGACAGUGCACCGAACUCCGAGUCGACAAUUGUUCCGAGUCACAUAUCUCCAUUGUUAGGACACACCUCGGAAACCAGUAUCACUACAAUUCGCAGUGACACGAUGACUGAAGGUCGUUCUGACGAGAAUCACGGACUACCUGAGACUAGUCAUCAGGACCUCCAAAAUCAAAACAAAACUCCCACUGAACUCAGAGAAAAAAUUGGUGAAGUGGAUAGGGCACAAAAAUUCAACGCUCCUUUGGUCGCUUGUAUGAAUGCGUCGAAGACACACUUAGAUCCAAUGACUGAUCAACCACCUGUUGUCGAGUUGUCACAAACAUCAGAUAACCUGACUGACCACAUUGACACAGAGCAUCUAAACAACCAACUCCACACCUCUUCUGACAGCACAAAUCCCACUGAUCUCAACGACGAAAUCAAUGAAGUGGACAGUGCACCGAACUCCGAGUCGACAACUGUUCCGAGUCACAUAUCUCCAUUGUUAGGAACAACUUCAGACAUGUUAAACUGUUUAUUACCUGAUACUAAUGACCCGUACGUUGGUCUUUCCGCCAUUCUAGUUAACGAAAAUAAUGUGGCUGUUUUACCUGAUGUGGCUAUAUCGGGAUCUGAUUCUACAUCCAUUGUUCUUGCUGGUGCAGGAUAUUCCGAAAAUAUAUCGUCAAAUGGUAGUUCGAUUUUGUCUGAGGAUUGUUCGAAAACUGUUACUUCACCGACAAAUGAAGGAACUACAUCUCGUGCUCCUUCAGUGAUCAAUUCACCACUCUCCAUUCAAAAGUCCCUAGAAAGUAUUAAAGUUCAUUCGCGUUUGAAACCGUCGUCUUAUACGAACAACACAAUCCAGAAGAACAAAUCUUUACCGCCAAGCCCUAAACUAUUACAAAAACCAACAGUUAAACAAUACAUAAGUGGUUCACAAAGGUCACCUACAAUGACUGGACCGAAUUUUGGACAGACAAAUAUUUUAACGAAUACUAAAACAAAGUAUGCAAGUUCAACAAGUGCGAAUGCAUCACCUAAUCUUAUCAGACAACCAUUAUCUUCCUUGUCAAAGAACACUGAUAGUAAAAAGUAGAACAAUUUUAUUUUUAGUAUGUCACAAAAAGAAACAAUGAGAAGAAAAAGUAAUUUUUCCACAUUAUUUUCAUUACGAUCAUUAUUUUACUUAAAGUUUUUACUUUUAAUUAUAAUACAUAACGUAGAAUGAUUGUUCUUAACCGCUUUAUUAUAAG